GUGGGGCAGCUCGUCCGCCAAUCAGCAGACGGGUCAACGACCUCGACUCGGCGCCGGGAGAGGACUCGACUCCAGCGGCCGUUUCGGGGUUCGACGGGCUGCUCCGCCUUCCCCGCAGCCUCUGCUGGUGUCUAACCUUGCUCAACGCUGUCGCCGGCUCUGGUGGCUCAGUUGGACAUCAGACGGGCGGCCGAGCGAGGAGUUCAGUGCGUCUCUCCCCGGGUUCCAUCUGUAUUCUUUGACCCUCUGGCCGGUGCCGCACGCGGGACCCUAUGUAUUCCGAUCAGUCCCCGGCAGCUUUUUGCACGGUGUACCGGUGUGGCGGAACGUCGCGGGUCCUGAAGGUAUAGGGCCGAAGAGACGGUCUUGACUGCCAGCCCCUGUAUACUGUGGUCUGCGCCGCCCGGCUGGACCAGCAGACAUCACGCAAUGGCAGGUUCCGUGGUCCGGCUGGCGGCGCUUCUGCUGUCUCCGCUGCUGCUGCUCCACACCACCACAGAUGUCGCUGCUGCGGCGACGGUACCAGACCUUCUCGCUGUCGCCACCGAUCCAGACGACGGACCCGAGCUCUGGCAGAUCAAGCCGUCAGAGGUUACCCUCGAGGUGACUUCUUCCGGCCAGUCCUGUGAGGUGUGGGUGGGCGGGCGUCUGCUGCUCCACCGUCUCGGCCCGCCACUCGCUCUGCACGCUCUCUCUGUGAACCCACGGACCGGGCGCGCCACGGGGCACGUCAUAGCAUCCGGCGGUGUGCCGGCCGGAGCAUUCGUGGAGAUGGCAGCAUUCAUAGCCGACCUGCAGCCGGGCAGUGUGAUCGUGCUCUGCCAGCAUUCAGACGCAGAAAUGGCUCUCGAUGACACUUCAGACGAGAUGUUUCGCUCACUGAACGCUAGUUUCGGGUCUGAUCUGCAGGUGCGCUCGGCGCUGGCACUGGUCGCUGUGAAGGAUGGUCCGAUGCUAGCUGAGGGGUACCGCCCACACCUGGCGGCGCUGGAGCUCAACUCAACAGCACCCUCCGUUCGACUGGCUGUGUCGCUGCCGGUGGAGGCGCCCUGUCAGCCACCGAUAUCAAACUCUGUCUCCGACCGAUCCAGGCUAGAGUUCUGUGAGAGAUACGACGGCUACGGAUCGCUGUGUGAUUGUGACUCGCCGCUGCCGCUGCCACCCGUCCCCCGGCCGUUCACUGACGGAGAGCUGUUCCCGUUCCCCGUGAUCGUGGUGUCUGCCGGCCGGCCACGCAACCUGCACCGAUGUCUGGCCUCGCUGCUCGCCAACCCCGGCCUGGAUCCGGCAAGGAUUGUCGUCAUCACCGCCAGUGAAUCCGUGAACGAGUACUACAGCACCGAUGACAGCAGUGACGGAGACGGAGAGGAGCUGCGGCACCUGUUACAACUGUACGGUGUCCGCUGGCACCCUGUGAAUGCGUCACCGGUCAGCGGAGGUUUCACCGGCGGCUCACUACAGCAUGCCGCUCUUCAGAAUGCUCUCAGUUUGUUCCCCGCCGCAGAGAAACUUGUGCUGCUGGAAGACAGCGUCGUUGUAUCGCCUGACCUGCUCAGCUUCUUCCAGCAGACGCAUCACCUGCUGGACAUAGACGUUAGCCUGUACGGCGUGUCAGCAGGUAAUGAGCUCGGUUAUCGACACGCUGUCUCGGACCGCACAGCUGUGUAUAGAGUCGACUCGGCACCGGGCGGGGCGUGGCUCCUGACACGCCGUCUCGUCACAGACGAUAUCCUGCCGGUUUGGGGAGGGAGUGGGGGACCUGAGCCCGGGCUGAGUGAGUUACUAAGACUAGCCGACCUGCGCCUGGGACGUGAGUGCAUCAUCCCGGAGGUGCCGCGUUUCUACCGGUUUGUGUUCAAUCAGAGUGAUAACGGGACGGAUUAUCUGUACCACUGGGACCGGGCGUUGAGCCAGGGCCCGCCGGUGGCCCUGCGGGGCCUGGAGGACCUCCCCCUGCCGCGCUACCGGCGCCACCUGCAGGCACUCAUCAGUAGCGCCACCAAACUGGACGGCACUCAGUCGCGGCUCGACUGUACGGAGAUAGUACCCAGGAACGCCACCGCCGAGCCCCUGCUGCUCUCCGUGCUGAUGAUGAGCGGGUCGGACGGAGUCAGCUGGCAGCGAGCGGCCGCCUGUCUCGGUGUCUGGGACCGCGACCCGCGCGGCCACCACGCCGGCGUGUGGCGGCUGCGGCACGCGGGUGGCGGACCGCUGCUCGUACUGGCUGUACCGUUCUCGCCGCUCGCCGGGUAUGCGACGCUGCACGGCCGCGGUACUAUGCUGCUGGUAUCGGCAGUGAGGUCUGCAGAGCAGCGGCGCCGUGGACGCUGGCCGCUGACUCUGCCCCGGCCCGGUCCUGACCGUGUGUUCGAGAGGUACCGCUGGGCAGCCGCGGCGGCGGGGCUGGACAGGACUCAGCUGGGGGAGGAGCUCGUUAGACGGGGUGUGGUAGAUCAUCACGACCUCACGGAAGAUGAGGACGACGGAGAUCUGAGGAUGCGAGAGAUGUCAUAGGCGUGGCGAUAUUUUACUUAAUGGAUGAAUGUGAUAGUAUUGGGCGGGCAGCCCAGUUAUGUUUUAUGACUGCUGGCCAGUGCUGGUUGUUUGCGAUAUUUCUAUCACGCAGCCUGCAGGAAUCGGUGAUGUCUUUCGUGAGACGUGCGCUCAGCUCGGGGUACCGAGCGUUAGAAUCUUGGUAAUGUCGGGACUCGGGAGUGUGGUCAGUCAACGUUGUUAGCUUGUCGUACCGUAAAACGUUAGUUUUGAACCAAUAUUGAGCCAAUAAAUGACGUGUGGUCUA